UCUAAAAGCGUGAAAGAAAGGGGAGAGUGUAUCAGUCAAAGACCGGCCAUGUCUUGGAGGGAAAACGCUUGGCGAGAGAGGCCAAAGGAGCAAAGCACGCCGUCCGAGGCAAGCACGUCUGAGCGCGCGUCCAAGCUCUUCGAGGCCGCUCGUACGGCCAGUCGGACACCGUCGAGCUUCGCGAAACAGAACCCCGCUGGCAACAAGCAAUUUCGGCAUCGGCAGGUCUACAAGGAUCCAUUCGAUGAGCCAUUGCCUGACCCUAAGGGAAAGGCGAAAGCGGUUCCGUCCAACGGUUACGAAGAUGACUACGACGCCGUGGACCAUCGCAAAAAGGAAUCCCCGCCCCCGCCAAAGUCCUUGACGCUCCACGAGCUACUCAAGCUCCUCACGACGCCCGCGUCGACCAUCAAUUCGAACUAUCAAAGUGAGCAAUUUACACAGUUCCAAACGUCGACAUCAUCGCCCACAUCGUUGCUCACCAUGCGUGAAGCAAUGCCCGUCGCUGGCAAGCUCUUCAGCAAGGGCUACAAUAGGACGACGAAACUAGCACAGCUCAGCAUGAUCAUCCUGCAAGAGCUAGGCAUCGAAGGAGAAGAGAUGCGCGCCAAGACGCUCAGAGCCAUCAAAGGUGCCGAAGCAGUACCCCAGAGACGAGGCAUCAAGCGCGCAAGUGGUGCGAAGGGAGCUUCGAGAGCGGGCGCUGCCGCCGGCAGUUUUGGUGCGGAGGAUAGUGGGAAUGCAACCGGUGGCGUUGGCGCCUCGUCUCCAAAUAAGCGACAACGCCUACAGUUCACUCCGAGCUCGAUUGGGAAAGACUGGGGCGACGUGCCUCCAUCCUCAUCUACUGCCUCAGGUUAUGCCAAAGCUGGUGCUGACGCAGGCGACUCGUCCGGCGAACUGUUCGAGUAUCAGUUCAACGAGGUGCUCGAAGAGCCGUGGCUAAGGGGAAAAUAUGUCCUGGUCAACCGCGCACCGGUCAUGACGGCAUGGGCGACUGUAAUUCUAGAAAAGCUUGGGUUUCAGACGGAUGAAGCCCUCAGCUUAGGUGGGUGGCCCAUGUUGCUUUGUCUGGUAUCGACCUCCCUUACACACUUCGCGCCUUACCUUGACAACCUCUUCUGUUCGUGCACAGCCCAUUGCUAUGUCAACGCCACCUCGACCGCUCGCGGAGUAUCAAUUGGCGUGCUACCGGCCUCUGCAGCCAAAGAGAAAGAAUCGCAGCGCGUUGGAACGAACCAACCGCAUUUUGAGCUGAUGGGCCUGCGUAUACCCGUCAUGCAGCUGCAGAAUGGUGCUUAUCGCGGUAUCAGCAAGGGCGAGGUGGUUGGGCCUGACAAGGCCUGGAAUUAUCUCCGUAACUCGAUGUACCAAACGCUUCCAAUCGUCAUGGGCGCCUUGAACCUGCUCGCCGAUUCGUAUCUCGAAGUGAAGCCAGGGGAUCCGGCAAAGCCCCAGUCUGAAAUAGAGGAAGAGGCAGAAACCAUUGCCCCCCCAGGCCCAGCUGAUGAAUCCAGCGCAGACGCGGACGCCGGCCCGCAUUUGAACGCCGACAAGCUGCACGUCCUCGCAUAUUCCCUCUACACCGAGUUUCGGCCAGAGACCGGAGGGCAGUGGGGCAAGAAAGCGACGCUGCAUGUCGAUAAAAUCCUAGAGCUGCGCAAACACAUCGUGGAUGCGCAAGAAGGAAAAGAACGAGACGCCAAAGAGGAUACGCAAAAUGUCGACACUGACCUUGAAGGCGAGCUUGCAGCAGCAUACGAUUUGGGCUGGAAUCCAGACGAUCUGGGGCUUUCAGGAUGAAGGAGCAGAGAAGAUGGAUGGCUGACAUUGUGCAGCCGUCACGCUUCGACUUUGGACUGUAUGAAAUACAUAGAAAGG